AAUACACAAAAAACCGGAACAUUAUUAAUUUACAAGCAAUAAAGCGAAACGAACAACAAAACCGAAGAAAGGCAACGGAAAAAAGUGAACAAUGAGCGGAGGAAGGCAACGGCAGCAGCAGGAGGAGCAGGGACAGGAGCGGCUAACAAGCCACAAGAGUCGAGUAGUGCAAGUGUUAAGAGAAAUUGCAGUCGAGGAUGCCUCUUGGCCAACACACACACACACACACCAGCGCAUCCAAUUGGCAUCGCAACAUCAUGGAUACAUCAUCAUACAAAACCAUCUCAACAUCUGGUGGAUGCGAGGAGUACAUAGCAAACUCAAAGAUACCCGAAGACACCCAUACAGGUCUCCCAGUAUUCGAGAGUGUGUGUGUGUGUGUCUGCUUGGUUGUACGGUUGUCCCGCUCUCUCACACGAGCAGCAUAAAUGAACAUAAAAUGAACACCCGAAGCGAUCACUGAAAUACCAAUGAAGCCCGCCACUCACACAGACGCAGCGGGAGUGAACUCGGCGCAAACGAGUGUGCGUGAGCAGAGGCCUAGCAGGGCACCCUCUCGUUGCCGCACUCGUUGCCUUCGUGCGCCUUUUCGUAUCCGCACUCGUACUCGUACUCACAGAUACUCCGCUCGGAAAUGUCAUUUGUCAAUCACUGUGCGAGCGCAACGGUUGUUCCGAGAGCUAGCUGUUGAGACUUGAGUUCAGUUGAGUCUCCGUCUCCGUACCGUGCCGCAGAUGAAGAAUCGAUAAUAAAAGCCUCGUGCCGCAGUGUCUCGCAGUGUGCCAAAAGUGAAGUGCUAAAUAACCAAAUAGAAAAUCAAGCGAGAGAAACAGCAAACAGCAAAAGCGAAACCCAAUUCAAGCCAAUCCCAUUAAAAUCCAAAUCCAAACACAUAUCAAUCAUGGAUAACAGCGACUGUGUGCCUUGGGCCAGUGCCGCCAGUGUCACCUGUCUCUCGCUAGACGCCAAAUGCCACAGUUCCAGCUCCGACUCCAGUUCCAGCAGCAGCAGCAGCAGCAGCAGUAGCUUCCCGGCUCCCGAAUCGCAAAAUAUGCGCCACAUUGCGCAUACGCAGCGUUGCGCCAGCAGGCUGACCACUCUGCUGGCCGUCCUGCUCCUCGUUCUGCCGCUGAGCUUCACUCCAGCCCACAGCUGUGGUCCUGGCCGGGGAUUGGGACGUCGCCGGGAGCGUAACCUCUACCCGCUGGUGCUGAAACAGACCAUUCCCAAUCUCUCCGAGUAUCAGAAUGGUGCCUCUGGGCCUCUCGAGGGUGAGAUCCGGCGGGAUUCGCCCAAGUUUAAGGAUCUGGUGCCAAACUACAAUCGGGAUAUACUGUUCCGCGAUGAGGAGGGCACCGGUGCGGAUCGCUUGAUGAGCAAGCGCUGCAAGGAGAAGCUGAAUGUGCUGGCCUACUCCGUGAUGAACGAGUGGCCGGGCGUCCGUCUCCUGGUCACCGAGAGCUGGGAUGAGGAUAACCAGCAUGGCCAGGAAUCGCUGCACUACGAGGGCCGAGCCGUAACCAUUGCCACCUCGGAUCGGGAUCAGGCCAAAUACGGCAUGUUGGCCCGCCUGGCCGUGGAGGCGGGCUUCGACUGGGUCUCCUAUGUCAGCCGGCGUCACAUCUACUGCUCCGUGAAGUCAGAUUCCUCCAUCAGCUCCCAUGUUCAUGGCUGCUUCACUCCCGAGAGCACGGCGCUGCUGGAGAGCGGUGUCCAGAAGCCGCUCGGCGAGCUCUCCAUCGGAGAUCGCGUCCUGAGCAUGGCUUCCAAUGGACAGCCCGUCUUCAGUGAGGUGAUUCUCUUCAUGGACCGCAACCUGGAGCAGAUGCAGAACUUCGUCCAGCUCCACACGGACGGCGGAGCGGUGCUGACGGUAACGCCUGCGCAUCUGGUAAGCGUGUGGCAGUCAGAGCACCAGCAGCUGGCCUUUGUCUUUGCGGAUCGCGUCAAGGAGCAAAACUAUGUCCUGGUUCGGGAUGCGGCAACUGGCGAACUGAAGCCUCAGCGCGUCAUCCAAGUGACCAGUGUGCGUAGCAAAGGCGUGGUCGCUCCACUUACCCGCGAGGGAACGAUUGUGGUCAACUCGGUGGCCGCCAGCUGCUACGCGGUGAUCAACAGCCAGUCGCUGGCCCACUGGGGCCUGGCUCCCAUGCGUCUCCUCUCCACACUGGAGGCCUGGCUGCCCGCCAAGGAGCAGCUGCGCAGCUCUCCAGCCAAGACAAAGGCGGAGGCGAACGUCACAGCAAAGAAUGUGUCGCAGGCGGAGCGACAGAACGGCAUCCAUUGGUAUGCCAAUGCCCUGUACAAGGUCAAGGACUACGUGCUGCCACAGAGCUGGCGCCACGAUUGAGGAUAGCCACCUAGCGAUCCUGCGAGGGGCGCUCUAAUUGUAUUAUAUCUUGUAGUUAUGUAUAUGCCUAAUGAUCGAUGUACUUCAAUGUUGAA